UUUUUGCUGACGAUGGUGGGUGUCAAGCUGAGUCCUGGAACAAAGCAUCAAACAGAGUCAGCAAGGUCAGUUCCUAAAAGCCAACACUUUUAUCCAAUGGCGUGGUGGCAUGCUGGCUCAGUAGCAUCACUGGGGUGUAUUUGUAUAUAUAACCCUUCCUGUGGCUGGAACCAGAGCUUCAUUUGGGCCUUGCCAUCUUUUCCUCUGCCAGCACCUCUCUUACAUUCCAUCACUCUCUUCUUGACUGCAGUGUUUUGCCUCAGCCAUGUCUCAUACCGCUGUUCAGGGAAGUAUUGGGAGCCGUUCUGCCAUGGGGAUGCACACAUACAAAAUAUAUCUGUUCGAGUGUGAGAAUUUCCAAGGUCGCAUGAUGGAGUUGAACGGCGAGUGUCGCAAUAUCUGCGAUAAGGGCUUUGAUCGUGUGCGCUCCAUCAGAGUGGAGUGUGGCCCGUGGGUGGGUUACGAACAGCAGGACAUGCGUGGUGAGAUGUUCAUGUUGGAGAAGGGAGAGUAUCCUCGCUGGGACACCUGGUCCAAUAGCUACCGCUGUGAUCGUUUCAUGUCCCUCAGGCCAGUCCGUAUGGUGGGUGAAUUAGGAGCAAGAGAAUGUCAGCUCAUUUUCAUAUGCAUAUACACCUGGUCAGUAGUGUGAUGACAUACAAAUAUCUUCACAUUUAUUAAUCACCGUCAACCCUCU